CUGUUUUAAUCACUUUCAUAUUUGUUCGUCGCGUGGUCAUUUUAGUACCUAUUUUGCCAAAGUUGACGUGUUAAAGAAAUUGUAGUCGUACUUGAGAAUUUUCUAAUGAAGAACCUCGUAUGCAGGAUGUUUGUUGUCAAAAUGCAAAAAUCAAAUAUUCUUCACACUGUUCUUUUGACAUUGGUUUUGACCGAGAUGAUCUCGGUAGAAGGUAAAAUUCUGAUCGGAAUACACGUGAAUUCUACAACCAAUAUGACAGUAUCAUCCUCCGGUACAUCUGAAAAUAUCAUCAGUGAUGCAGAGGCAGAAAAUUGGGGAAUUUGGCCUGAAGAAAAAUGUAAAGCAGUAGUCAAACCAUUCGCUAAAAAAACUCCAGAUCAUUGUUACUUACACGAACCUACAGAGCAACAAAUAUACCUGAAAAACUACAAAACACAAGUCACAAGUGUAUACGAAGUUGUGAACAUUUCUGAUGUCAAAGUGGAAACAAAAGAAGUGAUUUUGGCCACGAAACAACACGAAAAUCAUUCCAAUAGUUCAUUCACCGUCAAGUAUUCUUUGCAAAAAACAGUAUUGGCUUCAAUUUCACACAGUACUUAUAGCAGUAGUAACGUCACAGUAGGAGGAUCAGCAGAAUUCGAGAUAUUUGGAGCAGGGAUUGGUUUCAACGCCGAGUACAAACAUGUUUGGGGAAAGGCGGAGGAAAAAUUGAAUAACAAUUCGACUUCAGUGGGCACUGAAACAACCAUCACUGUUUUGCCUCACACGAGAUCCACUGUCACAUUUAAAACUCGUUUGGGAUCGAUGAUAUUCGAUAUGACUGUGAGGAAUAAUUUGGAAGGAUUUAUAGGUACGUUUCAGAAAAACUAUUUGGGAAAAGACGCGUACAAUAUGUACGAUGUGAGAGACUUCCCAGAGACCAAACGCGCGGUGAAUAUCACAGAAAAAAUAACAGUGAAUAUUUAUCAAGAUAGUUAUAUUGAAGUUGACGAACAACCCAUAUAACCAAACAAAGCGAUUUGCAAGAUGAUGUUUUGCAAAAUAAGUGAGAGUUCUGAUAAGCAUUGAGCAAUAUUUCAUCAGGAUAUAAAUAAAUAUUCAUUAUACUUAGGUAUAGUUGAUUUGCUUGAAGUGUUAUCAGUUACUUACAAUAAAUCUUGCUUGAUUA